AUGGAUGGAGAAUGGAGGGGGAUGAGGGAAAACCUACUUUGGCUGAUCGGAUUCCGGGACUCGGGCGUAGAUGGUCUCAGCGGCGGACGGGCAGGGCUGGGCGGAAGAGGGGGGCCGCAGGGCGAGUCUCACCAUCGGUUAGGUUUCGCAACCCUAACCGAUUCCCCCAGCCGGGUGGUCUCGGUCCAAGCCACCGCUCCCCCGGUCGGGCGCCAUCCAACUUUUUCCCUCUGCAGCCAGCCAUCUCGGAGACCAACCUCAUCAGCAACAACGGAAGCCCCACUCAGCCUUCCUGGUAUCCAGCCUCAACUGCUAUCUGAUCGAUCAAGCACACCGCUCGAUCUCCACACCAUGUCUCACGAUAACGUCUGGAACAGCCGUCCCCGUCUCUACGGUAAAGGCUCCCGUUGCUGCAAGGUCUGCAACCACGUUGCUGGUUUGAUCCGAAAGUACGGCCUCAACAUCUGCCGUCAGUGCUUCCGAGAACGGGCUGCCGCCAUCGGUUUCGUCAAGCAUAAUUGA